AGUUCGGAUGAAACAUUAACUCCCAGCUGCGCUGCCUGGCCCUGCGGAGACACAGAGCGGCCGGGAGCCGGCCAGGGGCCGGGGGGCGCUUGGCCUGGGGCCGGAUCCGCGCUGGCGAUGCCCCCUCCGGAGUAGCUGGGACGGCCAGGGCCCGCGGCCUCGUCGAUUUCACGCCGGGAUGGGAGCCCGGGGCCCCCACUAGGCCGUGAGGUGAUGCGGACUGGAUAUGGGGAGAUCUGAGCUGUGUGCUUUGCUGUUGUUACUGCUGGGACUCGCUGCACUAACUCGCCCCUCCCCACUGCACCCCAUCUGCGACACCCGUGUCAUGGAGAAAUUCAUCAAGGAGGCCAGAGACACUGAGAACGCCGUGGAAGGUUGUACAAAUUCUUGCAACUUAUCAGAAGUUCUCACGGUGCCCGACACGAAGGUUAAUUUUAACGAGUGGAAGAAAAUGGACAGGCAGACGCAGGCGGCGGAGGUGUGGCGGGGGCAGGCCCUCCUCUCGGCCGCGGUGCUCCGGGCCCGGGACCUGGUCCCCGACCCCUCCCUGAACCAGCAGCUCGGGCGCACCUACAGCAACCUGCGCAGCGUCACCCAGAUCCUGCGCAGCCACAACGCCCAGGUGGAGCCGGCCCUGCCCCCUGCCCCGCCCCCCACCCUCAGCAUCCGGACUCUGGCCAAACUCCUCAACGUCCACUCCAACUUCCUGCGGGGGCGGGUCAAGCUGUUCCUGACGGACGCCUGCCGACCCAAUGCCAGGUGAGGGGC